AAAAACAGUUUAUUUCCUGUUAUAGUAAACAGUUUGAAAACAUUAGCGAUGGAGGCUGAUCCAAAUAACAGAACAUUGACUAUUACAAGCACUACGGAUGAAAACGUGUGUUUUUCUGAUGUGGCGACUGUUGCUAAAAGAUGGAUGAUUGAUUUCAGUUUUGUUAGUUUGUGUCAAUUCUUCAAGGAGGGUAAAUUUGAAGAAUUCAACCAAACGAUUUCGACUCUGGAAAGUCUGAAUCAUUCUGUUUCAGCGAUCAUUGAUGGUUCCCCUCAUUUAAACACCGAGCAGAAACAGAAAAGGCAGAUAUGUGGUUUCCUCGCGCGGAUAAUGCACGGCAAACAUUUAGACGUGUCCUUCGACAGAGACGAGCGGUUGUCCCCUCUGAUGUCUGCUGUCCGUGUCUGGGCGUCUCAGAAAGAGACUGUGGCGAAUCUCUCUCUGUUCCAGCACGUCACCAAUCUACUCUAUGUUCAGAGUGUUGCUGUGUGUCUAGAGAAAGGGGACUGCGGCAUGGCUUCAUCAGCUCUCAAAUGGCUCGAGGAGGAGUGUGAAAUCCCACAGAACUUGGGAAUCAAGCUGUCGUUGAUCGUGAGUAAGAGGGAUACCUACCACCCGUUCCUGCUCAACUUCAGCUGGAACCGUCUGCUGGAGAAUAUACAGACCUUCCUGGAUCGCUUCCUGGAGGAACACCCAUCGGACUUCCUGCUCCAGGCAGCCACUAAGGUGGUCAAGGCAGGCCAGGAGACAGGGGAGGAUUCUGAGACGCAGGAGGCGUCUUAUACUACCAGCCGAUCUUCUGAACACUCCAAAGUGAAUCAGGAGACCAGUGUCCUUAUGAGACCCAAGAAGAAGCUGCUAUCAACAAGGAAUAUUCAUCCCUGGAAACCAGAGUCUGGCAAGAAGCCUGCACUCACUUUUAUGAGAAAAAGGGUGUCGACGAGGUUGACCUAUCGAAGAGCCUUGCCCGAGACGACCCUGAACACCACCAGUCUUAGCAACACAACUCUGAACACCAAUGCAACCAGGAAGACUCAUGGGAUUUCCCCCCCCUUUUCCCCCCCCUUGUGUAGAGGUGGCCGUGGGAUCUGGACAUGGCACUGAAGGCUGGAGUGAAGCGUCACGGGGAAGGGAAAUGGUCACGCAUCCUCCAGGAACACGACUUCCAGGGUCGCACAGGGGUUCAACUCAAAGACCGCUGGAGGGUCCUCAAGAAGGCUCAUAAAGUCAACUCCUCGUAAGGGUCCGUGUCCCAAAUGGUAUCUUAUUCCCUACGAAGUGCACUACUUUUAACCAGAGCCCUAUGGGACCUCCUGAAUAAGGAAAAAGGGGUGCAGUUUGGGACGUGAUCUUGGGACUAAGUUUAGUCUGUGGAUUUCCGGGGGUUUAUAUACAGUACUCUACUGUUAGUAAUAUUGCCUCGUUUUAAUAAAUAGUGUUAUAGUUCAAACGUCUACUGUUUUUUUUUUUCUUCUAAGCUCUGUUUUAAGCUAGUGUAUUAGUACUGCUCACUGUAACGUUUUAUAUAAGGGAUUGUAAAUAGUUUCUACUUUUGGGUCCUUGUAUUUCCAAAGUUGCUGUGUGUGUGUGUGUGUGUGAGAGAGAGUGAGUAAGUUUAACUAAGGCUGUGAUUCAAUCCGAUGGAGGCAAUUUCCCGUUGAGCGGGUUUACCAUGACUCCAUAAACGAACACGAGAACAUUAUUAUUAUUAUUAUUUUUUUUUAAAGCUGCAUCGUCUACAACCUGCAACUGGAUUGAAUCCCGGCCUUUUCGUAACACAAGGCUUCAAUGCCAUUAACCUCUAACUGCCAGUAGCAGGCAUGAUAUUACUACCGGUAGCCAGCAGAGGGCGCUAUGUAUCCUGCUGUGGAAAAUAGCAGCUUAACUUGUAUAUGGACAUUUUAUCCUUCUACUUAUCAAUGGCUACUGAAACAAAUAUUAGAAACAUCUGAACAAAUUGUUCAACAGAAAUGGAAAAAUUGGUCAAACAUUAAUAAAAACAUGUCUUUCGUUGUGUUUUAUUUUAUGGUGUAUUUAUUUCUGCGAUAUUAACAGGGACGAUCUAAAAAGCAGAAUUGUGUAUUGUAAAGUAGUCCUCUCUCUCUCUCUCUCUCAUUUUGGAAUGUCAUAUCUUGUCUGUACAUAGAAAGGAGAUACUCAAAUGUGUUCUUUAAAAUAUUCUGUUAAAUAAAGAUCACUUUGAUUUGG